UUAUCCAGGCUGUGAGGAGAAGGCAGAGCCACAGUCAGAGCUGGUCUGAACUGAGUGAACAAGUCACCCACAGCCUAAGUCAGAGAAAAUAACUGCUUCAAAUCAGCUAGAAGGCGCUUUAAACCCCUCAGUCGCUCACUUAACUUCACUUAUCAAAGCUGCAAAGAGCUGAUUUGACUUUUAGAGUGAGUGAAGAAGAGAGAUUAUAGAGACAGAGGAGGGCGUGACAGGCAGACAGCCGAGCAGGCAAGCUGCUGCUGCAAGGGGAGGAAGAGCAGGCUAUGCGUCGGCCAAAGCCAGAGGUCAAGAAAAAACGCGAGAGAAUAGUGAAAAGGUAGACUGAGCGUCAGAGGGGUCAUUUGUGAUCUGAGCCAGAGAAAAAAACAACUGUAACCAGCCUCUCUUUGUUGUUGUGUGGGCCACUGAAGGAGGAGGAUGUGAAGGAGAGCUGCAGGGAGGAAGGGAGGCGACUGCAAGAAAGACAAGAAAAUGCUCUCAGAGAUGAUGUGCAGGAGGAGCUGCCAGAAGCAGCAGCAGCAGCAGCAGCAGCAGCAGCAGGAUGGCAAAGGGGCUCCGCAGAGGGACCCUUCCAGCCGCAGGAGGCACGGCUGGUCCAAGAGCUGCAGGGGGCGCCUGCAGGGGCGGAGGACGGGAGGGGGAGGGUGGCCGAGAGGGCGAAAUCACCAGCACCCUCAUCAUCAUCAUCCUCACCACCAUCACCCCCUUAAACUCAAGAGGCCGGUGAUGUCCCUCCGACCCGUCAACGUCAAAGGAAACAGAGCGAGGGGGAUGCGGGCGCCCAAGAACACCAACCAGUUUUUAAUGCACGAGAAGUACCAGAUGCUGCACAUGCGCUCCGACUCUGUCGGGAGCGACAGCGGCAGCAGCUCCGACAGCGACAUGGAGCUGACAGACAUGGACUCGUACCUGGGUGUCCUGGAGAACGCCAGGGGAGCCCUCCUGGACAGUCCCAACCCGCACGGCUCAACGACACCACCAGGACAGAUCCUGGUACUGCACGAGGACGGUCUGCGGCUGCAGGAGGACAGUCUGCGGCUGCAGGAGGACAGCAUGCAGUACUUCCCCUCUGAAGAUGACCUGAUUCAGAGCCAGAAUUUCAUGCAGAGGGACUUUGUUGAGUUCUGUGACAUCCUGACGUCCUGAAGGGAAACUUUCAGGGAGCCAUUUUGUCCUCAGCAGUGUGAGACUCAAACCUCAGACUGAACGGAGGCCAGGUUUGUUCUGCUUCACGUUCACAUAAAGUGUUUUUGUUUUGUUUUGUUUUGUUUUUUUAAAGAAAAGCUCCAUCUCACUGAGUCAUUAAGCCUUAAAGUGUUAAAGAGUAUGCUCGCAGAGCGUGAUGACUCUUAUCAGUUUCCAGCUGUUGUCAACUUUUUAAAAACGUUUUUAAAAUCAAAUGUCAUUUUUGUUAAUACUCGCUCAUCAAUCUGCCUUACUUUGUCUUUUUUAAAGAUACUGGCACUGAUGUUCUGAUUACAACAAGGGGACCCACAUGGAGAAACUAUUUCACCCCGCUUGUAUUUUUCUAGGUUUAAGGAAAAACUCUUAUUGAAUGUAAAGAUUAAAUGACAUUAUUAAGACAGAUGUUUUUUUGUUUUUUUAAUUUUACAGUUCAUGAUUGGUCAUGUUCAGUGUGUCCGGAUGCUGUAAAGUGCUGCCUUUCUGUUGUUAUUGUUGCACACAAAGGGAGAUGGGCUCGGUGGUGGGAGUGAGCCCAAACAGCCAAUCAGCAUCGAGCUGCCUGAAUAAGGGCUGCAGAUGAUUGGCUGAUGCAGACUGUCAUUAACAACAUAAAGAAAAAAAAAAACCUUUACUGUACAGAAUAAAACAUUAAAAAAUAAAAAUAAAUAAAUAUCUUA